AUGGACGUAAAUUUUGGUUUUUGCAGAGAUUGCAAAAAAAGAAAUACGAGUUUGAGAUGGUGCCAGUCCUGUAAUUCCAAGCGUUUGGAAGCUGACUUCCCGAACUGGACAAGUGGUAAUAAAAAAAUUGACGAGUUUCUUAGAGAAACGCAACUCACCGCAAGGUGCUGGCAAGAAGUAUUUGAAUGGAUUCCUUAUUCAAAUAUUAUUGAGGUUGAGCUGGUUGGAAAAGGUGGUUAUGGAACUGUAUAUAAGGCGAAAUGGAAGGGAGGAUGCAUCAUAAAGUGGAUGCGCAAGGAAAAGACGUGGAAGCGUUGGGGCACCGAGUUCGUUGCUUUAAAAAGUCUCUACGGCGAUUUUAAUGAAUUUAUGCACGAACUAAAAACACUCCACCGAUGCACUAGAUUUAACCCCAACGGCUUCGAGUGCUAUGGCGUCACACAGGAUCCUAUUACCCACAAUUAUAUGAUUGUUGCGGAUUUUUAUGGGAAAGGAGAUCUCCGUCAGUACUUUCAUUACGGUUCUGACAAACUUGAUUGGUCAAAAAAACUAGAUAUGCUUAAGCAAAUUGCGUCAGACCUCCACAAUAUCCACAAAGCUAAUCUUGUACAUAGAGAUCUCCACAGUGGCAACGUGCUUAUUGAUAGCAUUACAUGCAUUGCUGACCUCGGACUAUCUCGGGAUGAAAAUAUUUCACAAACUUUUACCGAAGUGAGCGGCGUGCUGCCAUACGUUGCGCCCGAAGUGCUGCAUCAACAACCAUAUACUAAAGCUGCGGACGUGUACAGUUUUGGGAUGAUUAUGUGGGAAUUCACUUCUUAUCGAUUACCAUUUUCCGAACGUUCACAUGACAUUUACUUAGCAUUAGAUAUUUGCAAAGGUCUGCGUCCAGACCCAAUUGAAGGAACACCACCCUGCUACGUAAAACUAAUGCAACAGUGUUGGGAUUCUGAUCCAAACAAACGUCCGACAGCCGAAUACAUAGCAGAGACGUUACAAAGCUGGUUUGAGGGUUCGGAUGAAAACAUUCAAAAUCAAUUUAAAACUGCUGACGAAGUUGAUUCCAUGCGGGAAAGACCAUCCCAAGUUUGCGAGAUACACCCAUCGGCUGUUUACACUAGCCGCUGUUUACCGACUAUUCCUCUUGGCGACUUCACAUUUUAA